AUGAGGAACAUCCAGAGUCUGUCCCCUGUGAAGAAGAAGAAGAUGGUGGUGCCCGGGGCCCUGGGGGCCCCUGCAGACCUGGCCCCCGUUGACGUCGAAUUCUCCUUCCCCAAGUUCUCCCGUCUGCGUCGGGGCCUCAAAGCUGAGGCUGUCAAGGGUCCUGUCCCAGCCGCCCCCACCCGCCGGCGCCUCCAGCUGCCCCGGCUGCGAGUCCGAGAAGUGGCCGAAGAGGCCCAGGCAGCCCGGCUGGCUGCUGCUGCUCCCCCACCCAGGAAGGCCAAAGCAGAGGCUGAGGUGGCAGCAGGAGCCCGUUUCACAGCCCCCCAGGUGGAGCUGGUUGGGCCCCGACUGCCAGGCGCUGAAGUGGGUGUCCCCCAGGUCCCAGCCCCCAAGAGACUGGGGGAGGUGGCCCCUGCAGCGGAAGCAGCCACUGGCUUUGCCAUCCACCUGCCAACCUUUGGGCUAGGAGCCCCGGCUGCACCCGUUGUGGAGCCUGUGGCUGUAGGGAUCCAGGUCCCCCAAGUGGAGCUGCCUACCUUGCCCUCGCUGCCCACUCUGCCCACACUACCCUGCCUGGAGACCCGGGAAGGGGCUGAGGCGGUGAUGGUGCCCACCUUGGAAGUGGCAGCACCUACUGUGGGGGUGGACCUGGCAUUGCCAGGCAUGGAGGUGGAGGCUCGAGAAGAGGCACCUGAAGUGGCCCUGAAGAUGCCCCGCCUCAGUUUUCCUCGCUUUGGGGCUCGAGCAAAGGAAGUGGCUGAGCUCAAGGUGGCCAAGGGCAGCCCUGAGGCCAAAGUGAAGGGCCCCAGACUUCGAAUGCCCACCUUCGGGCUUUCUCUCCUGGAACCCCGGCCCACUGCCCCUGAAGCUGCUGUUGAGAGCAAGCUGAAGCUGCCUACCAUCAAGAUGCCCUCCUUUGGCAUUGGGGUCUCGGCACCCGAGGUCAAGGUACCCAAGGGGCCUGAGAAGAAACUCCCCAAGACCCCUGAGGUCAAGCUCCCGAAAGUGCCUGCGGUAGCUCUUCCAGAAGUACAACUCCGAGAAGUGGGGCUCCCAAAAGUGUCAGAGAUGAAACUCCCAAAGGUGCCGGAGAUGGCCGUGCCAGAGGUGCAACUUCCAGAGGUGCAGCUGCCCAAAGUCUCUGAGAUGAAACUCCCCGAGAUGAAAGUCCCGAAGGUGCCCGAGAUGGCCGUGCCCGAUGUGCACCUCCCGGAGGCUCCUGAGGUGCAGCUAAAAGCUGCCAAGGCAGAGAAGGCAGAGGGGGUAGAAUUUGGCUUCAAGAUGCCCAAGAUGACCAUGCCCAAACUAGGGAGGGCAGGGUCCCCGUCACGAGGCAAGCCAGUGGAACUAGACCUGCCAAGGGUACUCAGCCUGGAGGGGCAGGUCCCAGUGGCUGAAGUGGGCAAGGUGGAACGGGCAGAAGGCAAGGUGGAGUGGGUAGAGGGCAAGGCGGCAGCAGGGGUCGGGGAAAUGGUCUUCCGAAUGCCCUCGGUUGAGAUCGUCACUCCACAGCUUCCUGCAGUGGAAGUCGAGGAAAGGCGGGUAGAGGUGAUGGAGAUGAAAGUCAAACCCUCUUCCAAGUUCUCCCUGCCCAAAUUUGGACUCUCAGGGCCAAAGGUGGCCAAAGCAGAGGCUGAGGGGACUGGGCGAGCCACCAAGCUGAAGGUGUCCAAGUUUGCCAUCUCACUUCCCAAGGCUCGGGUGGGGACAGAGGGUGAAGCCAAAGGGGCAGGGGAGGCAAGCCUGCUGCCUGCACUUGAUCUGUCCAUCCCGCAGCUCAGCCUAGAUGCCCAUCUGCCCACAGGCAAGGUGGAGGUGGCAGGGGCCGAUGUCAAGCUCAAGGGGCCUAGGUUCGCCCUGCCCAAGUUUGGGGUCAGAGGUCGGGAUACUGAGGAGGGAGAACUAGUGACAGGGGUGGCUGAGUCGGAGGGCAAGGGUUGGGGUUGGGAUGGGAAAGUCAAGAUGCCCAAGCUGAAGAUGCCCUCCUUUGGGCUGGCUCGGGGGAAGGAAGUGGAAAUCCAGGGUGGGCAUGUCAGCCUGGGGGAUAAGCCAGAGGUCCUGGGCGGACAGCUUAAGAUCCCUGAGGUGGAGCUGGUCACGCUGGGGCCCCAAGAGGAAAAGGGAGUCCAGGGGGCUGUAGCUGUCAGUGGAGUACAGCUCUCAGGACUGCAAGUGUCCACAACCAGGCAGGCAGGCACUGAGGGCCAGGAGGGGGUGCUGAGGAUGCCCCUGGGCAUCUCCCUGCCCCAGGUGGAGCUGACCAGCUUCGGGGAGUCUGGCCUGGGUGCCACCUCUGGGCAGCAGGCCGAGAGUGCACCCCCUUCAGCAGAGGGCACAGCAGGCUACAGGGUCCAGGUUCCUCAGGUUACCUUGUCUCUGCCUGGAGCCCAGGUGGCCAGUGGUGAGCUAUUGGUGGGUGAGGGUGUCUUUAAAAUGCCCACUGUGACAGUGCCCCAGCUUGAGCUGGACAUGGGGCUGAGCCGAGAGGCACAGUUGGGUGAGGCAGCCACAGGCGAGGGUGGGCUGAGGCUGAAGAUGCCCACACUGGGGGCCAGACCUGGUGCCGGGGACAAGGGACCUAGGGACCAGCCCCCAGGAGCUGAACGCACCUUUCACCUCUCACUACCCGAUGUGGAGCUCUCACCGCCUGCCGUGGGCAGCCAUGCCGAGUACCAGGUAGUAGAGGGCGAGGGGGACGCUGGACACAAGCUCAAGGUGCGGCUGCCCCGGUUUGGCCUGGUGCGGGCCAAGGAGGGGGUUGAGGAGGGUGACAAGGCCAAGAGCCCAAAACUCAGACUUCCCCGUGUAGGCUUCAGCCAGAGUGAGGCUGUCACUGGGGAAGGCUCCCCUAGCCCUGAGGAUGAAGAAGAAGAGGAGGGUAGUGGGGAAGGGGCCUCUGGGCGCCGAGGUCGCCUCCGAGUUCGCUUGCCCCGUGUGGGCCUGGCUACUUCCAAGGCCUCUCGGGGGCAGGAGGGCGAAGCAGCCUCUAAGUCCCCUGGUGGGGAGAAGUCCCCCAAGUUCCGCUUCCCCAGGGUGUCCCUAAGCCCCAAGGCCCGGAGUGGGAGUAGAGACCGGGAAGAGGGUGGAUUCCGGGUCCGGCUGCCCAGUGUGGGGUUUUCAGAGACAGGGCCUCCAGGCCCCACCAGGAUGGAGGGGGCUCAGGCUGCUGUCAUCUGA